AACAAAGGCGGUCAUUUUGAAAAUGGCGGCAGAACAGGAAAGCGAUAUGCCCGAAGUUUUGCCAGGAGAGAUUUUGAAGCCGUUCAAUAAGAUGCCGUGUCGAGACACUGCCACUGUGCUGCUUGUUGGCAGCUAUGGCACAGGGAAACAGCAGCUGGCUAAAGCCAUGGUGGAUCUCUGCACGGACACAGGCCUCAAGCUUCAAGUCCGUACCACCACUAGCCUGCCUCUACCUGAGGAGAACACAGACACCAGACCCAGGAUAGACUACAUCGUGUUCAUCAUAGAUCUCACCAACAGACUCAGUUUCUCCACAGUCAAGUCUGCUGUACAGUGUGUGGAUGUGGAGUACUUCCUAGGCAGAGCCUGUUUUGUGGUAACAAAUGCCAAGGGCACAUCUGAUCAGUGUGUAGAGAUGGAGGAAGUGUCCAGACUGGCAGACAUGUACAACACCAUGUACAUCUGUGGGGCGACAAAGGAAGGGCAUCCAGAUGAGAGAACCACCCUGGCCAAUCAGCUGCUGCGGUUGGUGGAAGUGUCAGCAGGCAGGAAGAACGUCUCCCCUCUGCUGCUGGACCUGACCUGCAGGCAGCUGUCCUUCCAGGAGGAACAGCCUGAGUUCUACACUGUCUAGAACUCCUUGUACAGUACAGUAGUCUACAUGUGAGCUAUUGGAUGUGAUUGACUUGGUUGUUGUCAUUGGUAGUCAUUCACACAGGUGCAUACUUGGUACAACACUAGAGAAUUUAAUGUCUUAAACUUCAUGUUGGGUGAGGUGACAAGUUUCUUUGUGUCAGUAUUUCACAUGUACACUGAAUAAUACUGGAUGUAAUUUAAGUGAAGUGACAUAACAUUUUGAGGUUAUAGUUUUUAUUAAUACAUGCAAUGUACAACACAACAUUGCUGUGAAAGGAACUCUUCUAUGAGUUCAAAUUGUAAUCUUCUG